CAAAGCCUUCUCUCUCUAAAGUCAAAUUAAUAUUUCACAUAGUUUAUUGCGCUUUCUCUCUCUAUAUGCGCAAUCAAUUUUUUACCCAUCAAAAAAACAGUUGACAACAUCACAGUCGAUAAAAGCAGAAACUGAAAAUUUUCAAAGAAAAAAACAAACAAAAUUCCGUAGAGAAAGAAAGGAUUUAGAGAGAGAAAAAGAAAUAAUGCGUGGGAUUAGAGAGGGAAAGUGUAUUGUUUUUCAUUUUGUUAUUGUUGGUUCGUGGGUUGGUAAUUGUGUUUUUUCUAUCUUUCAAUUCUAUGUACGACUGCUUUUUUCUUUAUCCUCACACAACCCACAAAUAAUAAAACAAUCAAAUACUUAUUCUUCGUCUUCUACUAUUAUUAUUUGUAUACAAGUUUUUGUUAUUGGGAGUGUUAAUUGUUUUUUUGGGGUAUUCUACAAAUCUCACCGCACAAAUCGAUUAUGUAGAGAGAGAAAGGAAAACUCCAUCGUAGUGUUUCCUAUAUGCAGACACUUCCAUUUGCAAACCCUAGAUUUUAGGGACUUUAAUUGAGUAAUUUUAUUUGUAUUUUUGUGGGUUUUAUUUCAAUUUAGGUUAUUUGGAAUUUGGGGAUCUGUAUAAGCCCUGACUUGUUUUGAUUCGGUUUUAUAUAUUGGAGAGGAAGUAAGCGUUUUGAUUUUCUGGAGUCAAAUGGAGACUGAUGGAGCUGGUGGUAGUGGAAGUGGUGGAGGAGGUGGUGGUGCCGGCAGUUGUGGUGGAGGAGGAAGUGCUGGAAGUGUAGAGCCGGAGAAGAAGACUACACCAGAGGGAGAACCAAGGGUUAAGCGUAAAAUGAAGACUCCUUAUCAGUUAGAACUUCUUGAGAAAACCUAUGCUAUGGAAACAUAUCCGUCUGAAGAGUUGAGAGCAGAGCUUUCAGUGAAAUUAGGCCUCUCUGAUCGGCAGCUACAGAUGUGGUUCUGCCAUAGAAGGUUAAAGGACCGAAAAGCACCUGCAGAGAAGCAGCAAACAAAGAGGGCCUCGCCAGCUGCAGUUGCAGGUCCCUCUGGCAGGAGUUCAGGUGAAAUGGCCGUUAACAAUACUGAGGUGGAAAAUGAACAUGGCUCUGGUUUGAGUCUGUUUGGGAAUUCGGAUUUGAUGCCCCGUCCACCACAGCAGCAGAGAGUGGUUCAUAAAGUUGGGACCUCGGUGCCAAGGAUAACAACAGAAAUGCCGGCAAUGAGGAGGUUCUAUGAGCCACCUCUUGCAAUAUCUGAGCAGAGGGCAAUAGCAUUUGUGGAGGCACAGUUGGGGGAGCCAUUGAGAGAGGAUGGGCCAAUUCUUGGAAUGGAGUUUGAUCCCUUGCCUCCUGGUGCAUUUGGUGCACCAAUUGUUACACCAGUGCAACAGAAACAUGCUGGACGGUCGCACGAAGCUCAAUUAUAUGAGAGACCAGACCCUAAAAUAAUCAAGGGAGCUUCACAGGCUAUCCAUGAAUUCCAGUUUCUUCCAGAGAAUCCAUCUUUGAGAAGCGAGUCAUAUGAAAGAACUUUGCCUUCUCAUUAUUAUGGUUCACCAGCUGACGUUCAGAGUGCUCGAUUUCUGUCAUCUAGUGGGAGAUCUUUUAAGCAUGGGAAUGAACAAGAACCCUCUGGACAUAAUCUCCAAGGUCAGACUCCAGUUUUAAGUCUUUUGCCUCAUCCAGGAAGGCAAGGCAAUCAUCUAUCUCCGGCUUCUGGAGGAGUUGACAUUGCUCCACGAAUAAACCCUUUAGUGAAUGAUAACAUCAAUGCCAAUUAUGUUGUUCGCCCUGCAACUGGGCCUGAUAAUCAGAUUAUAACACCAGACAGGCAUGUCGUACUUGAAGAACGGCUGGAGAAGAAAUGCAAGAGUGAAGAGGCUAGAGUAGCCAGGGAAAUUGAAGCUCAUGAGAAAAGAAUCCGAAAAGAGCUUGAGAAGCAAGAUAUAUUAAGACGCAAGAGAGAAGAACAAAUGAGGAAAGAUAUGGAAAGGCAGGAUCGUGAACGCCGGAAGGAAGAAGAAAGACUGUUGCGCGAAAAGCAGCGUGAAGAGGAGAGGUAUCAGCGGGAGCAAAGGCGUGAAAUAGAGCGGAGGGAGAAAUUCCUACAAAAGGAAUAUAUCAGAGCAGAGAAGAAGAGGCUUAAAGAAGAAAUGCGCAGGGAGAAGGAAGCUGCAAGACUUAGAGCUGCUAAUGAUAGGGCUGCUGCUCGCAGAAUUGCUAAGGAAUCAACAGAAUUGAUUGAGGAUGAACAGUUGGAACUCAUGGAGUUUGCUGCCUCAAAUAGGGGUUCAUCCUCUGUUUUGGCUCUUGACAAUGAAACUUUGCAGAACGUUGAGUUGCUGAAAGAUAAGCUCCCUGACUUCCCACCCAAAUCUGUGCUUUUGAAAAGGCCAUUUGGAGUCCAACCCUGGGCUGAUUCUGAGGAGAGUGUAGGCAAUCUUCUAAUGGUAUGGAGAUUCUUGAUUACUUUUGCGGAUGUGCUUGGACUAUGGCCUUUCACUCUGGAUGAGUUUGUUCAAGCUUUUCAUGAUUAUGAUCCAAGGUUGCUAGGAGAGAUUCAUAUAGCAAUUCUUAGAUGCAUAAUAAAGGAUAUCGAAGAUGUUGCAAGAACGCCAGCCAAUGCAGUGGGUUCAAAUCAGAAUUCCGUUAAUCCUGGGGGUGGGCAUCCACAGAUUAUUGAAGGGGCAUAUGCUUGGGGUUUUGACAUAUGUAGCUGGCAGCGGCACCUGACUCCAUUAACAUGGCCUGAAGUGUUAAGGCAAUUUGCUCUAGCUGCUGGUUUUGGACCAAAAUUGAAGAAGAGAAGCUUCCAACCAGCUUAUCAUCAUGAUGAAAUUGAGAGUAAUGAUGGUACAGAUGUCAUUUCCAAUUUACGUAAUGGAGUUGCAGCUGAGAAAGCUGUUGCCAUUAUGCAAGAAAGGGGUUUGUCAAAUCCUCGAAGAUCCAGGCAUCGAUUGACCCCUGGAACAGUUAAAUUUGCAGCAUUUCAUGUUCUUUCACUGGAGGGAAGCAAGGGACUGACAAUAUUGGAAGUUGCAGAUAAGAUUCAGAAAUCUGGUCUUAGAGAUCUAACCACGAGCAAGACACCAGAAGCAUCUAUUUCUGCUGCUUUAUCAAGGGAUAUAAAGCUGUUUGAGAGAACGGCUCCUUCAACAUAUUGUCUACGCUCUCCUUAUAGGAAGGACCCUGCUGACACUGAGGUGAUACUUUCUUCUGCCAGAGAAAAGAUUCAGCUAUUCCAGAAUAAAUAUGUUGAUGGAAUAGGAGCAGAUGAUGUUGAGAAAGAGGACGCUGACAGAGAUCAAGAAUCUGAAAGUGAUAUUUUGGAUGAUCCUGAUGUUGAUGAUCUGGACACUGAAUUAAAACUAAAAGGAAAUCUUCAUUCUAAGGAUACGGACCAAUUUGAGGUAGAAAAUUUCUGUGGUUAUGGAAAGGAUAACUCUUGCAGGGAGUUGAUUGAGGACAGCCCUAAAAAUUUAAAACAAAAUUCUCCUUCGAUGCAGUCUUUAGGUUUCAGGGACAUAAAAAGUCGUGGAACCUCUAGUGAUCAGAUUGUGGAUGUUAUUGGGAUUCAUUCCCAGACUACUAAUCCUGGUCAGGACACACUGAUUGAUGAAUGCAGCUAUGGAGAACCAUGGGUUCAAGGACUUGCUCUAGGAGAGUAUGCUAGUCUGAGCGUUGAAGAGCGUCUCGAUGCCCUUGUAGCCUUGAUUGGGGUUGUAAAUGAAGGAAAUGCUAUUCGUAGUACGCUAGAGGAACGCCUGGAGGCAGCAACUGCAUUAAAGAAGCAGAUGUUGGCAGAGGCACAACUUGAUAGGCGCCGUACGAAAGAGGAUUAUGUAAUUAAAAUGCAACAUUCAUCGUUUACGAGUAAUAGGGCUGAACAAAAUGUCUCCCUUGGUGCAUUUGAGGACAGGAGAAUUUCAUUACUUGGUGUUGAUGGCAAAACUGAGUCUGCAGAUGCAGACUCUGUAUUUCGGAUGGGCUUGAAUGGUCAGCAGAGUGACCAAAAUUAUGGCAAGGACUUGGUAGGUGAAAAGAACCUCCCAGUGCUAGAGUACUCUGUUGGUUUGGACAAUCCGUCACUUCAGCAAUCUUUAUAUGCUGCUGAAAAGUCGCAGUUCGAGCUAAAAGCUUUUAUCGGUCACAGGGCCGAGGAGAUGUAUGUAUAUAGGUCGUUGCCUCUUGGACAGGACCGCCGACGUAAUCGUUACUGGCAAUUUAUAGCAUCUCCAUCUCAAAAUGAUCCUGGAUCUGGCAGAAUAUAUGUUGAGCUCCAAGAUGGCCGAUGGAGGCUUAUUGAUACUGAAGAGGGCUUUGAUGAUUUGUUGGCAUUGUUGGAUGUGCGUGGGGUUAGAGAAUCUCAUUUGCGUUCAAUGUUGCAAAGAAUUGAAACAUCUUUCAAAGAAGCUGCCCGGAAAAACUUUGCGAAUUCUGGUCAGCAUGUUGGUGAUGAAGUCAAGAAGGAAGUUCUGGAAAUGGGAUCUAAGCCUUAUAUUUGUUCCAGUAUGGAGAGCCCCAAGAACGUGAUCUCCAUACCAGGUUUCAAUUUACAAGAGCUUUCUUCAUCUGCCAUUGAGUUAGGCAGAAAUGGAACAGAUGAUAAAUUUGCCAUGGAAAGAUAUAGAUAUUCUGAAAAGUGGAUGUGGGAAGAAUGCUUUAAUUCUAAUAUAGUAUGUGCCUUGAAGUAUGGAACACCAAGAAGCCAACAAUUGCUGGAAAUUUGUGAUUGUAGUCAUGCUAAGUGCUUUUGUGAGGAUAAUCACUGUCUUUGUCAUAGGAUUUCCGACACUUCUGGCAAUAAAUUAGGUUUUUCUGAACAUGUAACUCAAUGUGAAAGGAAAUUACGUGAAGAGUCUGAUGGGGUUCUGCACAAGCUGGACCUUUCAGUUCCUCCAAGGAUCAGAUUGCUCAAAGCUCAAUUAGCUACCGUUGAGGCCUCUAUUCCUCAGGAAGCACUUGAACCUAUUUGGUCUGAUACCUACAGAAAAUCUUGGGGCAUGAAAUUGCUUAUGGCGUUAACAGCUGAAGACCUUCUUCAGACUUUGACAUUACUGGAGGGUGGCCUGAAGAGGGACUUCUUGUUGGCAAAUUUCGAGACCACCAAUGAACUGUUGGGUUCCUGUAACCUUAUAGGACACCUUGAUGAUAAUGCAUACGGACUUGAUGCAGUUAUGGCACUUCCAUGGAUACCUCUGGCGACUUCUGCAGUGGCCUUGAGGCUGAUGGAGCUUGAUGCAUCCAUUUGUUAUACGCCGGAUCAGAAAAAGGAUUUUCAGAAAGAUGGCAGAUCUGGAUACUUCAUCAAACUUCCAUCGAGAUGUUCUACACUAGGGAACGGAUUAGAUUAUAUACCACCCCAAGUUGGGAAUCUGCAAGAAGACAAUCUUAAUGGACGUACGAGCUUGAAACGGGGCCGUGGACGCCCAAGAGGUUCAAGUCGCCCACACAGUGGAAAAUCACAGAGAAAGACCAUUAAUUCCAGAAAUGAAUCAGGUCAAGUAACUACAACAAACAAUUAUGAACUUCCAGGGUGGAAAGGUCGGUCACGUGGGCAAGGAAGCUGCAAGAAGGGCCGACGCUCAGUCAGAAGUAGGCAAAAACCUGUGACGAGAACAGCAGAGGUAUCCCAUGAGGAAGCCAAGGGUAUACCCUUUGAUGAAAUCCCGAUUAUAGGUCAGCAGGAAUGGAAUUUAGAAGAAACCCCUAUAGAGGCUGAGGGUGCUGAAAGUGCGAGCAGUUCUGAAAGAUCAGCAUUUGAUGAUUAUAACGGUCAAGGGACGGGGGAUGAAUUUGACGAAGUUAUGGUACUCAAUGUAGAUUACAGAGCUGGAGAAGAUGAUGAUGAAGGUGCUGAAGAAGAUGGAGAUGGUGAUGAUUAUAUUGAUGAUGAUAUUGAAGGAUAUUUUAAUCGUGAUUAUCAUGAACCAGGAAACACGUCAACUGGUGGAGAGCAAGUCAAAAACAUAAAUAGAAGUUCAGAUAGAGGUUCAGAAUCAUCAUCAUCAUCAUCUGAUUAUAGUUAUUAAUAUCAAUGAUAGACAUCAGAAGAUCUGUAACUGGGGGAGAAGAGGUAAAGAUGCUCUGCUGCUAACAUGGAUUUCAUAGUAGAAACCUCUUUAUAACUGUUGUAUUUGUGGAAAUCACCAGUUAUCACUGAGGAAUAAAUAAUUGUUGACCUCUCUCUAUCGUAUAUUAGGAAUAUAUCGCAUUUAAGCAAUAUACAUUGCAAAGAUGACUCGAGAUGUUUCUGCCACAUACACCGUGUUUCGGUAAAUGAAUCUGUUUUGAGAAUUUUUGAUA